CUCUCCAUCCGCACACCCGCAGACUUGGGCUGGAGCCACCCUUGUCAAUAGCCUGGUGUCUGUGCACAUUCGACUUGCCGCCGAUCGCCAUAGCACCUGUAGACAGUGCGUGCCCCUAGCUGUCCUGAUUACUCCGGGCCAAGGAGGGCCAUGAUUAUUCCGGCUGGAACUCCCGAGACCAGCUUGCUGCGGGUUUUGUUCCUGGGACUGAGUACCUUUGCUUCCCUCGCACUGGCCAAGCUGCAGCUGCACAUGCCCACCGGCAUCAGCAAGUUGGAGGCCGUAGAGGGACAGGAAGUGGUGCUCCCCACCUGGUACACGGUGACACAGGAGAAGCCUUCGUCCCAACCCUGGGAGGAGCCCGUCCUGUUUUGGUUCUUGGAACAAAAAGGGAAGGAGCUAGACCAGGUGUUGUCCUAUUUCAAUGGGGCCCUGUCAAGUAAACCUCGAGUAUCCCUUGUCCACUCUGUCUCAACACGGAACGUGUCUCUGAGGCUGGAGGCCCUCCAGGAGGAAGACUCUGGAACCUACCGUUGUUCUGUCAGCUUUCUAGACAGUGGAGGCCCAAAACCGGACCACAACAGCAAAAGCAUAGAGCUCCAAGUGCUGGUUCCUCCAGCUCCUCCAUCCUGUAGUUUCCAGGGCGUACCCUAUGUGGGGACCAAUGUGACCCUGAAUUGCAAGUCCCCAAGGAGUAAGCCUAUUGCCCAAUACCAGUGGGAGAAGCUGGCCCCAUCUCCCCAGGUCUUCUUUGGACCAGCCUCAGAUGCCAUCCGUGGAUCCUUAAAGCUCACCAACAUUUCCACUUCCAUGUCUGGAGUCUAUGUCUGCAGGGCCCAAAACAGAGUGGGCUUCGCCCAGUGCAACGUGACCCUGGAAGUGAUGACAGAGUCUAAGGCUGCUGUGGUUGUUGGAGCAGUUGUGGGCACUCUGCUCGGGUUGGUGCUGUUGGCUGGACUGAUCUUGUUGUACCAACGCCGAAACAAGACCUUGGAGGAGCUGGCUAAUGAUAUCAAGGAAGAUGCCAUUCCUCCCCGGACCUUGCCUUGGACCAAAGGUGCAGAUACAAUCUCCAAGAACGGGACGCUUUCCUCCGUCACCUCGGCACGAGCUCUCCGGCCACCCAAGGCUGCUCCUCCAAGACCUGGCAGAUUUACCCCCACACCCAGUGUCUCUAGCCAGGCCCUGUCCUCCCCACGACUGCCCAGGACCGAUGGGCCCCCACCUCAGCCAGUGUCCCUGAGCCCCGGUGGGGUUUCUUCUUCUUCCCUGGGCCGAAUGGGCGCUGUGCCUGUGAUGGUGCCUGCUCAGAGUCAGGCUGGGUCUCUCGUGUGAUGGCUCAGGCACUCAUUGACUAAGGCUGGCAUCUCACCUUCCUGUGAACAUCACCCGUGGCACAGAGGAUGGAAUCUUGGAAGGAUAGUCACACUCUAGACCUCCAGUCCUCUGCCCCUACAUCCCUUUGUUGUUGGAAAAGUGGGUCUCAGUAAGACCAAAAUCUGGGGCAGAGGAGAAAUGAAGGAAAUGGACCUGAGAUUUUCUCUGUGUGUGUGUGGGGGGUGGUCCAUCUCUUCCCUGCUUCUCUCUAUGAAGCCAGAAGGAUGAUGCUGAGGUUGGCUGCCCUCCAAGGACUCUGGAGGAGACUGCCAGUCAGUGAGGCCCGUGGCUCUGUGAUCUCUAUAAACACCCUGCCUACCCCUGCCCUUUGCUUUCCAGUCCACUUCCCUGUAUUAAUAUAUAGCCUGACCUGCUGGCUUGCCUAGGUUUUGUUGGAGCAGGGUAUAGGAAAGACAUUUUCAAAAACUAACUCGAAAUCAGUGUUUUUGUUUUUAUUUUGCCAGUUUCAAUAAAGAUACUUUGCAUUUUCA